GCCUGAGUCACGGGCCGCCGCCCCGGGUCGGCCUGCUGGAGAAGUGGGUCUGGACACCCUGCUUCUCCAGGGCUGCAAGAUAGGAAGCGGGUGAAGGUCUCUGGAGAUAGAGCGAGGGGAUUGCCACAGCAGGAGAGAAGUCCCACCAGUGUCCCACGCGGGAAAAAGGGCGGCGAAGCCCCGCCCUUCGCCGGGCUCCUCCCUGCGCCCCCUUCCCUCGCCCCAUUGUCCGUAGACAAAGCGGUCGCCACCCCCGCCUGGCCCCCUGUCUGCGUCUCCGUCCCUCCUCCUCCUAGGCUCCCUCUUCCCUCCUCCUCUGUUUCCCUCCCUCCCUCCCUCCGGAUCUCCCUUCGUCUCUCUCCUCCUCUUCCUCUCUCCCGACGCCUGACUCCACUGCACCUCCUCCCAGGGACCCCGAGGCGUGCAGUCUCGACUGUAUCCGCUCACUACUCAGCCCCGGCUCCUUCGGCUCCUCCGGGUCCUCUCUCUCUCUCCUGCUUUUCCUCGCUUCCCGUUCUCAUAUCUUAGGGACAGCCUGGUGCCCACAAACCCCAAUCUGGCUCUGCCCCCACCCGGAAUCUCGACCCUUCCUCUCCCAUGAUCCCCACCCCCAACUUGGCACCCGGUUUUUUCUCUUCACUUUUUCAGUUCCUGACUCUCUUGCCGUCCUUCCUCUCACGGCCUUCCUCUAUCUUCAUUCUUAAUUCCACUGUCCCCUCUGCCCUCCACUGUCCCACUCUGCCCUUCUUAGUCCCCUCCCGCAUCACUUCCUCCCUCCACCCCCCAUUCUCAGUCUCCCGGCUCCUCUGAAGCGUACCCUUCCUGCUCCUGUCCCCCAAUACUCUCUCCUUCACUUCCAGUGACCAUGACUGCUAUCCCAGAUUGGAAGCUACAGUUGCUAGCCAGGCGGAGGCAGGAGGAGGCAGCGGUUCGUGGCCGUGAGAAAGCAGAACGGGAUCGCUUGUCCCAGAUGCCAGCCUGGAAGCGGGGAAUCCUGGAACGACGCAGAGCCAAGUUGGGCCUGCCUCCUGGAGAGGGGAGCCCUGUGCCUGGGAAUGCAGAGGCUGGACCUCCCGACCCAGAUGAACCUGCUGUCCUUUUGGAGGCUAUUGGGCCAGUACAUCAGAACCGAUUCAUCCAACAGGAGCGACAGCGGCAGCAGCAGCAGCAGCAGCGAAACGAGGUGCUUGGUGAUAGGAAGGCUGGGCCUCUGGAGGUUCUAGAAAGGAGAUCAAGUCCCAGUAAUUUAAGAGAUCAGAGCCCUAAGGGAAGAGAGUCCAGAGAAGAGAGGCUAAGUCCUAGGGAGGCCAGAGAUAGGAGGCUGGUGAUAGGAGGAGCCCUAGAGUCAAGUUCGAGGUCUUUGGAGACUCGAGACUGGAGGCAGAACCCAGCAGAGGCCAGAGACCUGAGUACCAGACCAGCAGAGGCACAGAAAUGGAGGCUGAGCCUCGGAGAAACUCCAGAGGAGAGUCUGAGAUUAGCAGGUUCUGGAGAUCACAGUCCCAAGAGAAAAGAGGUAUUGGAAAGUAGACUGAGCCCAGGGGAGCCUGGCGACCAGAAGGCCAGCCUGACAGAGGCCCAUAAAUGGAAUCUUGACUCAAGAGAACCCCAGAAACAGAGCUUGACACAGCUGGAGGCCACAGAAUGGAGGCUAAAGUCAAGCGAAGAGAGAAAAGACUACUUGGAGGAGUGUGGGAGAGAGGAAGAGAAACUGAUUUCAGGGAUUGUCCCAGACCAGUCUCCAGUGACAAAGGAGGUUCAAGACACAGCCUCUAGAGAAGUGGAGACUGCUGAGCAGAGGCCCACUGAAGGCCGAAAAUGGACGCUAAACUCUGGGAAAGCUCGAGAACGGACGCCCUGGGACAUAGACACACAAACUCAGAAGCCGGAUCCUCCAGCAUCCGCGGAGAAGCACCCGGGACCCUCUGGUAUGGAGGCUGAAGAGGAGGCCGAGAAGGAGGAGGCGGAGGCUCAGAGCAGGCCUCUGAGAGCCCAGCAGAACCUCUGCUCUGGGCCCUCCCCCCUCCCACCAGAGCACUCUGGGACGGAAGACUCCAGACAGCAGGAAGAGGAAGCGACAGAACCCAGGCCCCCAACACCAGCCCCUCUGUCUCCCCCACCCUUGGCCCCAACUGCCCCCCAACCCUCUGGGGAUCCCCUCAUGAGCCGUCUGUUCUAUGGGGUGAAACCAGGACCGGGGGUGGGGGCCCCCCGCCGCAGUGGACACACCUUCACUGUCAACCCACGGAGGUGUGCGCCCCCUGCCAGCCCAGCCCCUCCAGUCAACCCUGCCACAGCUGAUGCUGCAGGGUCAGGAUCUGGGAAGAAGCGGUACCCAACUGCAGAGGAGAUCUUGGUGCUAGGGGGCUACCUCCGUCUCAGCCGCAGCUGCCUUGUCAAGGGGUCCCCUGAGAGACAUCACAAACAGCUCAAGAUCUCCUUUAGUGAGACAGCCCUGGAGACCACAUACCAAUACCCUUCCGAGAGCUCGGUACUGGAAGAUCUAGGCCCGGAGCCUGAGGCUCCCAUGGCCCCCUUAGCGACUCAGCCUGAUGAUGACGACGAGGAGGAAGAGGAGGAGUUGCUCCUGCAGCCCGGGCUCCAGGGUGGGCUGCACACCAAGGCCCUAAUCGUGGAUGAGUCCUGCCGGCGGUGACCAUCUUCCAGUUUGGGCACAUACCUCCUUCCUUCCCAUACCUGAAGAUCCUGGAGUCUGGAUGAAUCAGAGCCCCGACAGACCUGGCAACGAGCCUGCCUGGCAGGGGAGGGCAUUGAGCAUAUUCCGACUUGCUUUUCCCAUCUCAUUUCUGGGGCAGAGCCAGUAGCCUAAAUUUACCCCUAACCUAAGGUUCCCUGUGGGUGGAGCAUCCUUUGUGAGCUACGAGUGAGCAUCAAGUCCUGGUUUGGAAUUCAGAAUUUCUCUGGAAUUGAGAUGGCAUACCUCCAGCCCCACAGCCUUCCUUAACUCCCAGCUACUCCCGUGGAUCGCCCUCCAUCCACAAACUCCCUUUUUCUAGGUCACUACCCUUUUGUUUACAGCUUUUCCUUCUCUCUUGAUCACAGCCUGGUUUACGUACCCACUAGUUCCCAGUCCCACCUGCAAAGUCCCAGGUUUACAAGCCAUGCCCACCCACGGAGCCCGUGUGCGGUCCGACACCUUACGUUUCUUUCCUUGAGAGUGACUCGGGAAGGUGUGUAGCCUUCUUCAACUUUGCUCAGUAUUACUGUGCCUCGGUUUCCCCCAAGAGGGAAAGCUGGGAUCCUAACCCUGAAGCCCAUGAAAGUUAUUUAAUUCUGUUCCUCCCGUGGUUCAUAUUGAAUUGAAUUGCACUGUAGGGGGAGCUAAGGAGCUGCUUUUGCUUCUCCCUGUUGCUCCUUUGUCAGCUGCCUGAUUUGUUUCAUUUUUGUAACUUUCCAUAAUAAAAUGGAGCUCUUUUCAACUCUC